AUUUUUAGUCAUGGAAUAUUUCAGAUGAUCAUAUAUUGUUGAUAUCCAUUUGGCGCUAUCAAAUCUUUCGACACCUUCGCCAGGAAACACUUUGCAUGCUGAAGGAUGUCACGUUGGCCGAGAAUGGGGCGAUUGCGUCCCCUUUGCAAAUGCCAACAAAGAACUACAUUCCAGUCAUGACCAUUCCGGACGUGGCGAUACGGUAAUAACCUGAGGGAUGACAUUCUUUUUUGGGGCUUCAACUAGGUGAUUUCCUGUACAAAGAAAGUAAAUAAUCGCUGGAAUGAGGAACAUGUUCGCCCGGUACGAGCAUUCCUCGCGCCAUUUUGCUUGUUUGCUGGUAUAAGAGCUGCGUUUCUUCUGGUCUUUGGAAGUUCAAAUUCACAACAAGGCAAGACACACGUUCGCUGUUACUCACCAUCAUUGGAGAACCAAUAUCCUUCAGCUCUGAGUUCCUCAUCUCUACUCCAGGCAACCCUCUCCAUCCUUUCUAUCAACCCGUUAUAGCAAACAUGCUCGCCUUGAACAUCCUCCUCGCCACGCUGGCCACCUUUGCAACCGCUCAGUCUAUGGACAUGUCCAUGGACCACGGCGACCACAACACAGCCACCACGCUCAUCGUGGCAACCGAAGAGCCCGCUUUGCCCACCAGCUUGACGACCGUGCCGCCCGCCGACGAGACCGGCGUAGCCCCCGUCGUUGGUGAGGACUUGACCACCAUCACGCAGACGAGCACCACCAUGGCCCCCACAGUCGGGGCCGGCGGCGAGCACGAUCACAGCCCCGGUAUGAUGCCGUCCAUGGACCACGGCAACGGCAGCGUCCCGCACAUGCCGACACAGACGGCCUUGCCUGUGCCUACUGGCGGCGCCUCAAUGGCUCAUUUCUCGUCUGGCAUCAUCGCCAUCGUCGCCGCUUUUGGCUUCGCUGCUCACUACUAGACCAAGACAGUCCUGGAAUAUAAGCUUUCAGAGAUGUGGACACCACCAGAAGCCAGCAGUACUGGCAUGGACCUUUUUUUGGUGCUGCUAAAUUACGAUAUAGGUUCACUAGUUAGAAACGAGGAGUUACAUCUUCCCGCAUGGAACCAAGUUGACAAUUCACUUUCUUCAUGGCUGAUUUACGCUCGCUGUGCAUUAUAUCCGUACAUUUCGCAUUCAAACAAG